UAAGAGUCAAGAUAGUUACGAGUUCAUUAUAGUUGUUUGUGUAUUCGUGAUAUUAUUUUUAGCAUUUAGCAUUUAGUUUUGAAUUAAGCAUGUGGUUUGAUUUUGCGAUUUAAAUAAUAUUGGUUUGUUAUUUCUAAUUCUUGCUUGGGAUUGUUUUUGUUUUCUGGAGCACAAAUUAUUAGCUAGGGGCUAGACUAAAAUUAAGAAACUAUUCUUAGUUUUCGAUGUAUAAGAUUUGCUUUCCAUUUAUUUCAUUUCUUAUUUGUCAAGAUAUGAAGACUGGUUCAGCUGAUCAUACCGUAGAUGGCUUCCUGUCUUCAGCUGCGCGCUGUGUGUGUGCGUGUAUGGGGUCUGAGAUGGUGUGUGUUGCUGUGCGACGUGUUGAAUGUGGAAGUGUUGCUUCUGUCUAGUAUAGCUAGUGCUGAUUUUGGGAAUCUUUUUGUUUCAGAAAUAUGCUGUUGGUCGAUUUCCGGGUUGUUGUUGGAGUUGAGGCGAUUACAGGGUUCACCUAAGAAGCAGUUUUUGCAUAUUUCACAUCUUACAGAUUAAGGUAGGGUAUCCAAAGCGCAGGCACAUCGAAAGGGAAGGGGAAUACAAGGUCGUACACGGACGGUUUCGUAUUUUCAAUUUUAAUGAAUUCGGAUAUUGUAAUAAGUCCACUUUCUGAGAGUGAGUUGUAUUCUGGGUUUGUGUUCCUUUUUUAGAACCUUACGCACUCCAGUUACGUUCAGUGUUUUUAAUUUCUGCUGUAUUUCACAUAUGUUAGUUCAAUUCAAUAUAUUACACUUUUAGUAAACUUUUGAAUUCAUUUUCUGUUGCGGGUUUAUCCAUGUGCCAUUUUUUGGAGUGCCAUUUUUAGUUUUGAUAAGGACGGAGCCGUCUCAUGUAUCACUUCUCCGCGCAGACAAAGACUAUAGUUUUUUUAUAACUAAUGGCGAUUAGGCUAUGAUUACGAGUAUGAUUCAUUGUUGAUUCCUGUUAAUGCUAUGUAUGGUCCCGAUAAGUUCCGUGUUGUAUCAUUUGCGUCAAUCAGGUGGGUCGGCUGUGGUGUUGCAUUGGGCCCUAGCGCGGUGAAACUGUUUCAGGAUAUAGAUCAAACUGGAAGAGGUAUAAAAAGCAACGGAAAAAGGGCGGCAAUCAAUCGAUUAAGAAAAUCGCGAACGAUUGGGGUAAAAGAGUUACCUCCGCCUUACCCGAACGGGUGGUAUGGAAUUCUCGAAUCUUCUAAUUUGAGUCCCGGUGAAUCAACACAUGUAUCCUGCCUAGGAGAACAGUUCGCCGUAUUUCGGACUCUCAAAAAUGAAGUAUUUGUUGUGGAUGCAUAUUGCCCACACCUGGGAGCUAAUUUGGGCAUUGGUGGCCGAGUUGUUGGGGACAAUAUCGAAUGUCCCUUUCACCACUGGAGAUUUCGGGGAACUGAUGGAGUGUGUACCAACAUCCCUUACAGCACUUGCGUACCUCCGGCCACAAAAAUUAAGAAAUGGAUUUCCAAAGAAGCGCAUGGAUACAUAUUUGUAUGGUAUAGUGCAGAAGCUUCUGAAUUGCCUUGGGAUAUUCCAGAAUCAAAGGAGGUGGAAAACAAAACAAUAGUUUACCAAGGUCGCAAUGAGUUCCACGUACGCUGUCAUAUUCAAGAGAUACCGGAAAAUGGAGCUGACCUGGCACACUUCCGAGCAAUCCACAAUGAUAAUAUUAUCACUGGUACCUCUGAUCAGAAGCACAGUAUAUUCAGCUGGCUCGGAUACCAUCAGUGGCAGGCAAGUUGGAGCCCAUCGGAAGCCAAGCACAUAAGUGAAAUACAGAUGAGCCAUGUGUUCGAAUUAUUCGGAAAGUUUAAAUGCUUUCAAAUGACUAUAGUCGGAAAACAGAUUGGACCCGCAUACGUUCAUCUCACUUUGCACUCACCAACGAUCGGAAGCUUUCAAAUAUUUCAAACAGUUACUCCGGUAGAGCCUUUAUUGCAGAAGGUAGUUCACAGAUUUUAUGGUAACCCUAAGAUUACUGCCUUAAUGAAGUUUCUAAUAUUUGGGGAAACUGUGAUGUUCGAGCGGGAUAUGAAUUUGUGGAAUCAUAAGAUGUAUCGCAGCAACCCACUGCUCGUAGCGGAGGAGUCACCCCUAAAAAAAUUUCGAAAAUGGUAUUCUCAGUUCUACUCGGACAACAGCAAAUCUUUUCAGUCUGCAAAUAGCCAAGAUUGGUAGAGGUCGAGCUGCUAUAAGGAAUGAGCUUUGUAUGUAAUUCACAUUAUUAUUAUAGAAAGCUCGAUUGACGAAACCUAUAACUAUAAAUCAUUAAUCAAGUAACAACGUAUCAGUUCUAUAUGCCUUCCUCAGCUUUGGAGCUUACUCACCACAUGUUAGUUAAGCUUGGAAAUAGAUAAAAAAAAAAAAAAAAAAACAGUAAAAA